GUUUGUUACAGAGUAUGAAAACGGACGCUACACAUUUCAGGGCAAAAGCCUCCUUCAAGAAUCAUGUCAGCAAAAACCAUCUGCAUCAUUAUCGCAAUUUACUACUACAUUACAGGACGUAACACGGACUAUGCAAAACCAUUUAUUAUGUACCCUAAAAUAAAAAAACCAGAGUUUCCGACUGCAUGUGGCAUACGAGUGGAAAAUAAUCCCAUGAUUAAAGUCGACAAUCUCAAAACAUACCUGCUCGGCUCCUACAUAGAGCACCGCCUAGAAGUGAAAACUUUAAAGACAAUUGCUAUAGUGCUUCGUAGUGAAAAGGCAGAGUAUCAGUGUUUCCUCUGCUGCAACGGAACCAACAUCUCUGUACCUGCCACGUACAGCAUUCACUCUGACCACUUUGGUUAUGAUUAUGGAACGGCUGAUAUCACCUGUCAGGUGCCUGAAACGUGCACAACACCAAUGCACGUGGCUAUCACCUCUCCAUCACCUCCAGGUGAAGCCUCACAGAAUGUCAAAGUCAUUCAACCGGUCAGAAAUCAACAGACUCGUGAUAAUUUUACUUAGAAUUUUACUGUCUGUAUUUCUGUCAUGUAUGAUUACACCAACGUUUUGGAACUGGUGCAGACCAUGGAAAUGUUCAAGAUACUCGGCAUCCAGAGGGUGGCCAUUUACAAGACGAACUGCGAUCCUACUGUGCAGAAAGUGUUAGACUAUUAUGUCAUGCAGAAAUUUGUGGAGAUCAUCCCCUGGACCAUAUCAUCUCACCUCAAAGUGUCCAGAGGCUGGAAGAAUUGGGAGUCACCAGGCGAGCUGCAUUACUUCGGGCAAAUCCCGGCACUGAAUGACUGUGUGUAUCGCUACAUGUACCAGAGUCGCUAUGUAGCCCUGCAGGACUUGGAUGAAAUAAUCCUUCCUGUUCCUGUAAGUCUAGAGAACUGGACAGAACUCCUGCGUGAACUGGAAAGGAAAUACGGUCGAAAUGUGGGAUUUGAGUUUGAGAAUAAUUUUUUCCCACUCACCAUCAAGGAAACAAACCCAGAUUAUUCACCAGAUUCAUGGAAGAAUGUCGUGGGGGUAAACAUUUUAAAAUAUAUGAAGAAAUUAAGAAUUGACCCCUCCAAAUUCAACAACUUUAAAGUCAUUGUUAAUCCUCGCUUAGUGUAUAGGUCUACUGUACAUGGUUUGCUGCAGUCUGUAGGAGGUACCAUCCGUGUGGACUCUAAUAUUGCUCACUUGUACCGUUUUAGGAACAUAACAUUUAAUGUACCGGAAAAUUCCCUCAUACAGGACACACGGCUUAGGGACUAUGCAGGCAGGCUGAUCCCUGCCAUUUCUAAUGUCCUCACAGAAGUGCUGGAUGUUCAAAGAAUUUAAAAUUUCAGCAAUCAUAUUUCUGUUGUGUCUUGAGGUAAGAUGUGAGUCAACCUUUCCACAUUAAUUAUUACAUAAUAAUUCACUAGAGGUCACAAAACAGGAAACGGCAUGGACUCCAAGUUUGCUUGUGGCGAACAAGAGCAGCUAAAAGAAGAAAAACGAAUAAAUCUAAACAAAUUUUAAAUGCUGAAAUUGACACAUUAGCUAAAUCCCUUUGAUAUGUGAAGAAUUUAGUAUAAUUUGCACCAGGCUUGGCAAAACAAUAAUUUUUACACAGUUUUAAUUAUUAAACACAAGAAGUACAGUACCUAAUACUGGUGACACUUGUAAGAAGUAAUAAAUACUGAGCAAUGUGUCCAUAAAAUUCAAUCUAUAUCAUCAUUACCAGACGUUCAGGGGCUUUAACCAUGAAGAUAAUUUAAGUUUAGAAGCACUUUAAUGAGUAGUGUUUUGAAAUGUUUUUUAUGCAUUUUCUCCCCAUUUUACUCCAGAUUUAGUGCACUCAAUUUUGUCUUCCGCUGCUGAGAGAUACCAGAUUUCGGGGAGAGCAUGUCGCUGUACACGCCUCUUCCGACACGUGUACAGCUCUCCUCUUCUCGCCCCUGCAUUCUGCACAGGUUUCUCUUCUGCCAAUCAGGGUCCUUACACAGCGUAUGAUGAACCACCCACCCACACAUAGUCCUGCCCCCACCCUGGCCAGUUACUAUCUGCUGCAGGCACUGCCAAGUAUGCCCGCCAGAUGGCGCCCAGCCGACCAGUGGUUUCGGGUUCGAAACUCGGUGCUGGCAUGCUAGCGGAAUAUCCCGCUGCACCACCUGGACGCCGACCAUUUGAACCUUAUGCAUAUGAUAAUGUUGUUACCUAUUGAUUAUGUUAAAAAAAGUGUGUGUGUGUUUGUCUGCAGUCAUAAAACCACACACUGCUUCUUUCAAUUUACUAUUUGAUUGAAUCCUGUGAUAAUGCUAAGGUUUUUUUUUUAAAUUUAAAUAAAGAUUUUAUAUAUGUG